AUGUGUCCGGGUGGCCUCGUCCGCAUCCUGGAGCGAAGCCCAACGGGGCUGGCUUCUCUGCCCCUUGAAGUCAUGGCUUCCUUUCGGCCGAGCACGCUGGGCCCCCUGCGCUGUGUAAGCUGGAUUCUGUGGCCUAGUGUGAACCCAAUCGAGUGUGGGGUACUCAAUAAACCCUGGCUGCAAGUGAAACGGGAACAGGAUCAUAAUAUUGCUGGCAACGUCGGCUACAGGAUGUGCUGGGCAGCUGGCCUGAGAAAUACAGAUGGCUCCAAUAGGGGAGAGUCUCUAGCCCGUGCCGCGCGAUCCAUCAAAGCUGGAGCUCAGCGCUGCGGGUGGCGGAGUCCUCGGCGCUCUCUGAGCUGGGUGGUUGCCCGCGGAAGUUUCGUUACCGGACCAGCCGCCGGCGAGCGCGUCCUGCGCGGAGACGGACCCGCGCGCCUGACUCGUGUCGGAGACAAAGGCUGGCGGGCCGGGCCGGGCCGGGCCGCUUCCUCCCCGCCGCCCAUGGCUUCAGCCCAGCGAGCCAGCCCCGUCUCUUGCCGCCUCGUGGCAGCCGCGAUCUGGUGGCAGGCAGUGCCUUCCUUUUCCGAGAUCCACUGCCCUGGCCAUCAAGAAUGUUCCCAACAAGGAACUAGCUGGACAAGCUUGUGGUACGUUUGGCUUAUCCUGAUCACAGUUUUCCUGCUCCUGAUGUGCGGGAUUGGAGCCAGCUGUGCCAAGUUCUGCUGCCGCACCAAGCGAUCGCUGCGCCAGACCUUUCCGCCCCAUGCUCAUGACCUCACGGUCAUCCCCACGGAGCAUGACAGCACAGCCCACAGCACCGUCACCUCCUACAGCUCAGUCCAGUACCCUCCGCGUGUCCCGCUUUCGCUGCCUUUUGGAGACACAGACAGGAAUUUGGCGUGUCCCCCAGCCUACAGCCUCUACGCCAUAGAAAUGCCGCCCUCCUAUGAUGAGGCCAUCCAAAUGGCCAAGUCUCCUGUCGAGACUCCGUCGAUGGGCCAGAAACUGGACAGCGACGCCUGUGAACCAGCAGCCUCGCAGGAGCAGAAUGAAACCCAAACAUCGCCCAGACCAUCUGAAGGCAGCCCCAUGCAGGUGCAGGAGAACCCAGGAGGUCCAUCUGUUCCCUCCCAAGAGCAAUCAUCGUGGUCUCCUUGAGAGGGGAACAGGAGGAUAUGGACAGAAAUAAUGGUGGAGAAGGGAAAUUGGAUCACGUCUAUGUUGCUACCCUCAUCUUGAUGGACCUCUACCACGAUCCAUCCAAGAGUACCUCCUGCCAUUUCUGAUAACGUCCCAUUUGACAUUUCAAGAGGAUUGAAACAGGAUGGUUGCCAUCCAUGUCUUAAUUAUCCAAGGUGAAAAAUAAAGCUUUUGGAGUAGCACGGCCACCCCUUGGGGGUCAGCUGCCUUGAGUGCAUUGGACAUAACAGGAAAUGGCUGGCUGCUGGACCUAAAGGGGGUCGAAAGGUGUGUAUCCUGUGCCCUGCGGUCAAAAAAAAAUGAGAGCAAGUACAAAUUAAUCUCUCUUUCUUCUGGGAAGACUGGACUUUCUAGCAAAUUGCUGAGAUAUGGGAUUCGUUGCUAUGUAACGGCCAAGCUUGGACCCAGAGCCCGUUUUGAAUUUUUCCUAUUUUCUCUUGAUAGACUGGGCAACGGAGUCGUGGUAACAAGGUGGAAACCCUUUCAGAAAGGCCAAAGUCAUUUGUUUAUCCUAAUCCAAACCGGAAUGGUUUCCCGGUUUCUGUUGCCUGAUUCCCUUGUCUCCUCCAAGGACCAUUGCUGUGUCCGACUGGAAUGUAAAAUACAUGCUGGGAUAUUAGCAGGUCUGCUGUGGAUUUGCAGAAUAAUGCAAUCUUUUGCCAAGAGGGCGUUGAUUUCUUAUUUUAAAUCUAGCAAUAUUCUUCUAGACUGCAAAGCGUUUUUGAAUCUUAGGUAUUUAUCUUAAAAAAUAAUGUUUGUGUUUAUAUCUGUGUGUGUGUAUAUAGAAGUUCAGCAUAUUGGGAAAAUGCUGAUAUAAAUGCCCCACAGGUUAGUUUUCUUCCCAGGACCUAAUUUUUCAUAGAUAGCUGGCAGAAAUUUUGGAAUGAAUCUGAAAUAGUCUCUAAUAAUACCAGUAACCUUUCA